AUGGGAAUAGCUACAGCCCAGCUAGAAGCGUUGUUAGAAGCAGCAAAAGAGAAAGAAUGGGCAAGGCUUGAAAAACAAAAGAUCAAAGGGUUGGCAGCAGUAACUCUAGUGCCCAAGCGCCUAGUCCUCUCCGAGCAGUCUUCUUCGGCGUACUCAGUUGAGUUUAGUACUUCUCAACCUCUCAUCUACAUCACUUGGAUUCCACCAGAAGAAAGAGGAACAUUGAUUGUACGCAGCACACCAUGCGAAAGAAGAAAAGGGAAACUCUCAGGUCCCACUACUCACCUUUGCCCGCUUCUAACUUAUAAGAAAGAUCGGCUCAACAUUCCCUCCCAGGAUAAGAAGGUUCACUUCCAUUUAUGUGACUUGGUAGCAGCUAAGAUUGGCAUUAUUUCGUGUCAGGCUUCCUUGAAAGUAGGAUCUCAGGCUCGUGCUGCUAAUGUGAGUUGCCCUCUAGGGGUUGCUGUGUUAGGGCAGGUGGAUACAUAUCAAUUCUGGGGUGGGACUGAGCGGUAUGCCUCUCCUUCUAGUCGAGUUGCUAAAGCACCUAUCCAACUAAGGCUAAGGUUGAUCGCCACUAGGAGUACCGAGAGAAAGCAAUUGUGUACUGGAGUAAAGCAGCUUUCAAAGAAGCUUGAGGGAGCAAGUCAAAAGAAAAUUCAUUGGGCGGCUCGGAUGACCACGUCAAGGAUAGUUCGAUCCCAGAUAUUCACCUCGUUAGCACACCUGGACUUCGCUCGAGAUAGGUCUCAUUCUUCAGCACACACGCAAACAUGUAAUAGAAGAACCUCUGAACUAUUCCAUCUGGCUCUGCCACAGAUGAGCAUAAGUCCACUCAAUCCAACUAAGUGUUUGAUGGCUCAGUUUGCGAUUAUCCGUGUAUUGUCUUUGCUUGAGUUGCUCCUUUUCGUCUCCAACAGGGGUGGUAAACUACCAAACAUUCCCGACAUCGUGGAAGCAGAGGAGUGUGCUGACUUCAAUGAUUACCGAGUGCUGGAGUGUACGAAUUCUAAAGAGCAGCUCAGACAUCAGCCAAAAGAUAGGAAUCAGAAGCAGCAGGCAGCACAGAACCAACUUUUCUUUGUGUCCGAUACGUUCGAUGGAGAAUCCUGUAAUCUUUUAGGGUGA